AUGGCCAAUCUCGAAGAAAUCACCUCUGACGCUCAAUUCAAUGGAAUCAUCUCCAAGAAAGAUGCUGUAAUCGUCCUCAACUUUUGGGCAUCAUGGGCUGAGCCUUGUCAGCAAAUGAACGAGGUUUUUGCAGAACUUGCUGGAAAGUUUCCUGCUCUCAAAUUCUUAAAGAUCGAGGCAGAAAACUUCCCUGAUAUUUCAGAGUCUUUCGAGAUUGCUGCUGUUCCUACUUUUAUUCUUUUAAAGGCUGGCAAGAUGGUCGAGCGUAUUGAGGGUGCCAAGGCUGCUGAGUUGUCUAAUGCUGUCACAAAGCAUGCCAAGGGUGUCCUGAAUAAGUUCAGUGCACUUCCCCAAGAGAAUGCUAAGCCCGUCAAGGAUCUUACAGCUCGUCUCAAGGCAUUGGUUAAUAGCGCACCCGUAAUGAUCUUCAUCAAGGGUACUCCUCAACAGCCUCGCUGUGGGUUCUCUCGUCAGUUGGUGGAUCUUUUGGCUGAACAAAAGGUCAAAUAUAGUUCAUUCAAUAUUUUGGCAGACGAGGAUGUUCGUCAGGGUCUCAAGGCCUACUCAGACUGGCCAACAUAUCCUCAGGUAUAUAUUGACGGCGAGUUGAUUGGUGGUUUGGAUAUCGUCAAGGAAAUGGUUGCCUCUGGCGAAUUUGCGGACGCUAUUCCCAAAGAAAAGGAUCUCGACAGCCGUCUCCAGGAAUUGAUUGAGAAACAGUCUGUGAUGAUCUUCAUCAAGGGUUCUCCUCAGGAACCAAAGUGCGGUUUCUCUAGACAAUUGAUCAGUCUCUUGAACGACCGUCAUGUUAAAUAUGGUUACUUUGAUAUCUUGUCGGAUGAUGAAGUACGCCAGGGCCUGAAGACUUAUGUAAACUGGCCUACCUUCCCCAUGUUGUUUUACAAGGGCGAGUUACUCGGUGGAUUGGAUAUCAUCAAAGAGAUGAUUGAGAGUGGCGAAUUUGACCAGGUAUUGACUGCCUAA